CACAAGCAGCGGGUGACGCGAGAAGCUGGAGAAGGGCAAGAGGAAGAGGCAGGUGGCAAAAGGACAAGGUCCCUCAGGGUCAGGACGAUGCAAAAAUGAAAAAUGUCGGUAAUAAAAGACAGGACGACGAGCAGCAGAGAGGAGACCUUUUUUUAUCAUCACCUGUCAGUCCCAGUCCUGCGCCAGAGAAAACGAACGAAAUGACGUCGGAGG